AUGCGCUCUCUGUCUCGGUCGGUGAUUCGGCCCUAUAUCUGUCCCUCCUGUCGAUCAGGGACGGUGAGCCGUCGGAGAUUCGCCACUCAAUCAGCGCAGGCUCCGGAGAUCUACGAUGUAGUCUGUGUUGGAGGUGGUCCUGCAGGCCUGGGCCUGUUGGCCGCUCUUAGGGCCGCCCCUGCCACUUCCAAACUCAAGGUCGCUCUCAUCGAGACCCAGGAUCUUAGCAAAGCCCGCUCGUGGAAGCUCGGACCGCACCAGUUCUCAAACAGAGUCAGCAGCCUGACGCCGUCGUCCGUGUCUUUCCUUCGAAGAAUCGGUGCGUGGGAUCAUGUCGACACGGCUCGUGCUCAGGAGUACCAGGAGAUGCAGGUGUGGGAUGGGGAAACCGGGUCAAAAAUAUCAUUCGACUGGUCGACGGAGACAUCGCCCUUUGAGAAUCUCCCCACCAUAGCGACGAUGACCGAGAAUGCGAACCUCGUUCGCGGCUUGCUCUCGCAGAUUGAAGCAUCGGGCGAGGAGAAUGUCGCCAUCUUCUCCAACACAACGGUCUCGUCGAUCGAGAACGGGACUGAUGACCCCAGCGGCCCGAAUCUGUCGGCUUGGCCGGUCCUCUCACUCUCGCCGACUGGAUCAGCAAGCUCUCAGGCAGCGGUGCCGUCUCGCAUAGCCGCCAGGCUUCUGAUCGGUGCCGACGGUAUCAACAGCCCUGUCCGCCGGUAUGCUGGCAUUACCACCGAUGGCUGGGACUAUGACAGGCACGGCGUGGUUGCGACGCUUUCUCUUUCGGACCCAGUCGCCCCUACGUUCCCCAUUGGCACGAGAACCGCCUACCAACGCUUCCUGCCAUCCCUAGGAGGACCCGUUGCAUUGCUGCCGCUGCCGAAUAAUACUGCCACCCUGGUCUGGUCCACGACAGUGGAGCAUGCCGCCUACCUCAAGUCACUGUCUCCCCGCGCUUUCAUUGCCAUGGUCAAUGCUGCCUUCCGCCUCUCCAUGGCCGACCUCAAGUACAUGAUGGGCAUGCCCCGUCCGGCAACCCCCGUCUCCGACGCAGAGAACCCGCAUGAGGACGAACUCACCUGGCGCCUGCAACACACCCCCCAGCCAUCGCACAUCCCACCCCCAGUCACAGGCGUGCAGGAAGGCAGUGUCGCCUCAUUCCCCCUCCGCUUCCGCCACGCAUCGACCUACAUCUCCCCCCGCGUGGCCCUCGUCGGCGAUGCAGCCCACGUCAUCCACCCUCUGGCCGGACAGGGCCUCAACCUCGGCCUUGGAGACGUGGCCUCGCUCGCCAAGACAAUCGAAUACGCCGCUAACCACGGCAUGGACGUCGGCGACAUCCUGACUCUGGAACGGUACGCUGCAGAGCGGUACGCAACCAACACCAAGAUCGGCGCUGCCUGCGACGUGCUGCACAAGCUAUACAAUGUCCCCGGCCAGGGACCGGUGACGUGGGCGCGCAGUCUGGGUCUCGAUGUUAUUGAUCGCUUGCCCUUCGUGAAGAGCUUCCUCAUGAAGAAUGCAGAGGGUUAA